AAAGUUUCAUUGCCUGAACGUUUCUACUUCCGGUUCACAUGACGCAGCGUCCGUGUACCCUCGCCACAAUUGCAAUUCUUUCACGUUCACUUUUCCGAACAAAACAAUCUCCUUCAAAGCAUUCUCAUCGGUGUCCCACAGACAUCGCUGAAAAAGAUCUUCACCCUGAGAAACACAAUCCCCUCCACUUUUAACAGGAGUCGGAAAUGUUGUACAUCAAACAGGAAGCAGCGCCAGUCACCCCCUACAUUGAAGAAGAACAGGAAGAUGAAAUCAUUGCAGUGGUUGUCGGUGUGAAGAGCAAAGAAGAUGAAGAUCCAAGCGAAGAGAGCAGAGCAGCGACACCUUCGAGCGAAAACUCAUUUCAGCACCUGACAACAAAAGAAGUGGGACAAUCGCAACUGGACGGCUUCUUAGCUCCGCUUUCGGACAGCGACGAUGUAAAGUCACAUUCGGACAGCGACGACGUCACGUCACAUUCGGACAGCGACGACGUCACGUCACAUUCGGACAGCGACGACGUCACGUCACAUUCGGACAGCGACGACGUCACGUCACAUUCGGACAGCGACGACGUCACGUCACAUUCGGACAGCGACGACGUCACGUCACACUCUUCUGACACUGAUACUAAUGAGGAGGAUGUUGACUUUGACCAAAAUGCUUUGAAACCCUUAAACAGGCCAUCAUUGAAGAUAGACACAAAACAAUGUGCCGGUGGGAAACCGUUUGCAUGCAUAAUUUGCUACAAAGGAUUUUCUCGCAAGGAUGAUGUUGAAAGGCAUAAGCGUACACACACUGGAGUAAAGCCAUUUCCCUGCACAUAUUGCGGUAAAAGAUUCACCCAGAAGGGAAGUUUAAACACACACAUAAGAACACACACUGGAGAGAAGCCUUUCGCCUGUUCACUUUGCGAUAAAAGAUUUACUCGGAAUACUCAUUUAGAAACGCAUAAGCGUAUACACACUGGAGUAAAGCCAUUUCCCUGCACAUAUUGCGGUAAAAGAUUCACCCAGAAGGGAAGUUUAAGCACACACACAAGAACACACACUGGAGAGAAGCCUUUCGCCUGUUCACUUUGCGAUAAAAGAUAUACUCGGAAGACUCAUUUAGAUAUGCAUAAGCGUAUACACACUGGAGUAAGGCCUUUUGCCUGCACACAUUGUGGUAAAAGAUUCACCCAGAAGGGAAGUUUAAACACACACAUAAGAACACACACUGGAGAGAAGCCUUUCACCUGCUCAGUUUGCGAUCAAAGAUUUUCUCAGAAGAUACUGUUAGAAAACCACUCGCGUACACACCAUGGAGAAAAGCCGUUUGUCCGCACAGUUUGCGACAAAAGAUUUUCUCGGCAGUCUCAUUUAACAACACAUAAGCGUAGACACACUUGAGGAGGGCCUUUUGCUGGCACUCUUUGCGACAAAUGAUUUUCUCGCAAGGCUAGUGGUGAAAUGCAUAUUGGUACACACACUGGAGAAAAGCCUUCCGUCUGCACUUUGCAGAAAAAGAUUUUCUCAGAAGUGUCAUUUGAUAAUAGAUAAGUGUAAACACACACUGGAAAAAAAACUUUUGUCUUCACAUGUUGUGGUAAAAGAUUCACCCAGAAAGGAAGUUUUAAACACACAAGAACACACACUGGAGAGAAUGCGGACAAUGCGGAAAAAACAUUGAAUUGCAGUGUUUAAUAAGAUUUAUAAAUUCCUGCCACAUAUUUACAGUGGAAAAAGCUUUUCAACUUUCUUAUUAAGUUUCCCUUGAGCCUCUUUUGAAAAAGUGGUGAAAUGAUUUUGCAGGGCCUGGUCUUUUUCACAACUAUCCAAUAUUCUUGAUUUUUUUUUUUUUUUUUUUAAUAAAACGAAUUGGGUUUAGUUUAGGUUAGGUUAGGUUAGGUUACUUCAUGUCAAACUUGAUUUUCUGUGGAUAUUAUGACUUUUCUGCUAUUUUGAUUUACUCAGAUUUGACUAUUGUCUCAUCUGUUUGUUGCUAGGGAUGGGAAUCGAAAUCCGAUUCUAAUUCCGAACAGGUUCCUAGUGUUUCGAGGCCUCGACAUCACAAUGAAAAAGUCUUAACGAUCCCUUUAACGAUUCCUAAAGACGCAUGCUGCGUCAUCAGUGACGCGUCUUGUUGUCCAGACGCAUCCUGGACGCAUCAAACUAGCAUGGCGCCAAGAACCAAUAGCUCCAAAGUUUGGCUGCACUUCACCGGGAAAGAGGGUGAAAAUGAAAGGUUACGAUGGUUUAGCACGAGCAUUGCAGCCGUAAACAUAACAAUGACAACACGUAAGUUCAAACGCUCAAAAGUGUGUCUUCACUUCACGAGGAAAAAUAAUAACAAAGUGACUUGCAGUCAUUAAGGCAUUAAAAUCACUCACCUUUCGGCUAAAUUCGCCAUUUUGAAGUCAAAGAGGGUGACAUACUUGAAUUGUGUAGUUCUGAGGAGAACAUUUUUAAGAUGGGGGUCGUAAUUCCAUCUAACUAACUAACGACAUGCUUUAUUAAAGUUGCUAAGCCUUUCACGAUAUGGGAUGAGUCCAUUAGUCGCAAGAUAAAUAAAAAUGAGGGCGAUAAUUUUCACGGCUGCGUUUUAUCAACACGUGCGUCCAUGCAUACAUUUGUGUGUGCGUGUAGAUGACUAUUAGACUCCAUUUCACAGAUGUUUAUUAGUAAUCAAAACUCCGGAGAAUUACAUUUCAGACGUACAAAAUAAGGAAACACGUGUAUAUUAAACACUGUAAGUGUUAGCAUUGCUAUAUUGAGACUAAUGGGGAAAAAAAGACCACCUACUUUAGCCUGCUAUAAAACAUUGGCAGUCUUUUCCAAAACGCAAACUUGCGGUUAAAAGGUGACACUUCAAUCAUGAAAAAAUUGCUGGUUAACAUCAUUUGCAAAUGAAAAAAUUGAGAAAAAAGAACAAAAAACUAUGAGUGAAAGUGACACCACAAGCAGUGACGAAAACGGAUUUUUUGCGGAGUGUGAAGCUGUUGGCGGUUUAGCGAACGUACUUCCCGGUGUACAAUUUCAAAAUAAAACCACGCCACGUUCAUAUAAAGAUUUCUGGAGUUAAUCCCACAUACUUCAGAAUUAAUACUAUAAUGUGUAAAUACUAUAAUAUUACAGAAUUCAGAUUCUACACUAAGAAUAGCUUUAAAAUGACACUCUUUGAAAAAUAUGAUUGGCAAUGAAUAGUAUUAUUAUAAUGCUAUUAUAUAUAGUAGUAUACUAUAAUAAUAAUGCUACAUUUUUUAAAGAAUUGUUUUGAAUAAUGUUGGAAAGGCUGUUUACAUUCCAUUCUUUUGCAUUAGUUAAUGCGAUGAGCAUUUGACCUCAUUGUUCAUGUGUGAUUAAUUAUUGUUAUUUACAUGUUUAUUUGUACUUCAUUAAAGAAUUUGUGUUCCAAAAUGUUUUUGUGAAUUAAUAAGCAUCAACAAAAAUGUCAUUGCUGAAUUAGUAACAAAAAAUAUACUUUUUUAAUAAGUCGACUAACUGUAAAAAUAGUCUGCUGACUAAUCGGGAGAAAAUUAGUCGUUUGGGAGAGCUGUACCGGAACAUAUUUCCUCCCUCCACACCCUUAUUACCUUUUUAACCCCUGACCCAUUUUCAUGCCUGGUCAUUGCAAGGUGGAGAUAACUGCGUCGGGAGGGGGAGAUACGACCAAUAUGCCAAUAUAUACCAAUAUUUUUUAUUUCUAUUAGAAAAAUGUUUCAGUAAAAUGUUACACAUUCUUGUGUAUUUGCCAAAUAUUGCCACAGUUAACAUUGAGGCUUUGGGCCUCUUUUGACCUCGUUGUGAGUUUGUAAGGUUGUGACUUCCGAUUAAACAAACUCGAUGCCAAUCAAAACGUUUGGUCUUCUUUUCCCCCCAAAUAGAAUCGAUUAAGAAUCGAAUCAUUAAGAAAUAUCAAUAAUGGAAUCGGAAUCGUAAAAAUCCUAUCAAUUCCCAUCCCUAUUUGUUGCUUUUUAAACUCUUUUAUAAAGGGACCUUGAGUAUCUUGAAAGGAUAUUUGAAAUAAUAUGUAUUACAUUGGUCAACAGUCAAAUUUGUGCAUUAAAUAUUGAUUCUAAUUGUGGCUAAAUUGAGGUCAUUGAAUGCAUUGCAAGUGUCAGAAUAUAGAAAUUGUCUCUAGUUUGCGAGUCCAUAAAGUUUAAAUUGUCUCAAUUAGAAUAUUUUAUUAUUUCUGUAUGGAAUAGUGUAUUUCCUGUAGGACACAAAAGGCUGACAUAUCCAAGAAUUUAUUUCAACAAAAAUGUUUUGUGUAUUUUUAAGCAUCUUUUUCAAUUACCUUUGCACUGUGUAGUAGAAUCUCCCCACAAUCUCGUUGUACAUUGUAUGAUGACAAUAAAAGCUAUC